UCCCUUUCCCUGCCCUGUUGCUGUUGCACUGCUACUGGCUGCUACCCCUGGACCCCCACCAUGGAAAAUAUAAUGGAAGAUCCCCCCACAUCAGCUGUCUUGCUGGAACACUGUCAUUUCUCUCAGGUCAUCUUUAACAAUGUGGAAAAGUUCUACGUCCCUGGAGGGGACAUCACAUGCUAUUACACCCUCACCCAGCAUUUCAUCCCCCGACGAAAGGAUUGGAUUGGCAUCUUUAGAGUGGGAUGGAAGACAGCCCGUGAGUAUUACACCUUCAUGUGGGUUACUUUGCCUGUUGACAUGAACAACGAAUCAGCCAAACAGGAAGUCCAGUUCAAAGCUUAUUACCUGCCUAAGGAUGAUGAGUAUUACCAGUUCUGCUAUGUGGAUCAAGAUGGAGUAGUCUGGGGAGCAAGCAUCCCUUUCCAAUUCCGUCCAGAAAAUGAGGAGGACAUCCUGGUUGUUACCACUCAGGGAGAAGUGGAAGAGAUUGAAGAGCAAAAUAAGGAGCUUUGCAAAGAAAACCAGGAGCUGAAGGACAGCUGUGUCAGCCUCCAGAAGCAGAACUCAGACAUGCAGGCUGAGCUCCAAAGGAAGCAGGAAGAGCUAGAAACCCUCCAGAGCAUCAAUAAGAAGUUGGAACAGAAAGUGAAAGACCAGAAGGACUGUUGGGAGACAGAACUGCUUCAGCUGAAAGAACAAAACCAGAAAGUGUCCUUAGAAAAUGAAAAGAUGGGAAUCAGAGUGCAUCAGCUUCAGGUCCAGCUGUCAACUCAAGAGAAGGAAAUGGAGCAGCUUGUUCAGAGAGCUCAAGAUAAGACAGAACAGUUAGAGCAUCUGAAAAAGGAAAAUGGCCAACUCUUUCUCACUCUAACUGAACAGAGGGAGCACCAGAAGAAGCUCGAGCAGACAGUGGAGGAGAUGAAGCAAAAGGAAACCACUGCCCUGAAGAAGCAACAGGAGUUAAUGGAUGAGAACUUUGACCUGUCAAGAAGACUGAGUGAGAACAAGAUUAUAUACGAUGCUCUGCAGAGAGAUAAAGAGAGACUAGAAAAAGAAAAUGAUCUUUUGAAGAAGGAGAACAACAGAUUGCUCUGUUACAUGGGUCUGGAUUUUGACUCUUUGCCGCAUCACGUGCCUACUUCAGAGCAGGGAGGUGCAGGACAAAAUGCAGGACUUGCCCAUGGAAACCCAUAUUCUGGUAUCCAAGAGAGUUCUUCCUUCAGCCUGCUCUCCACCGAGAAAUGCCCCACCUGCAAUUCAGAUUUUGCUAAUGGCAUUGGUGAUCACAUCUUGGAGCAGCAGCAGAUGCAGACCCAUUGUCUGAAUUGUCCAAUUUGUGACAAGGUCUUCCCAGCAAGAGAGAUGCAGAUCUUUGAAGACCAUGUGUUCUGCCACUCUCUCUAAGUGUCCCAGCCUUGUGGGUCUAUGCUAUACAUAGAUUUUAUAGAGUAGAACCUACAGCUUCUGCUAUGA